GGGAGCCAUGUUCUGCUUGGGCCUCCUCAUCCUGGAGCUCAAAUCUGCCAGCUGCAGCCAUCAGCUCCUGGCUCGAGCUGCAACUCUGCUGAGUGCUGAGGAGGAGGCUCUGGACCAGCACCUCCAGCGGUGCAGCAGCAGCAGUGGCAGCGCCCCUUCGGAACUGGAGGAUGAACCUGCCUGCAUGGAGGAGAUUGAUUACAGUACAGACAGCAGCUCAGACCAGGAAGGGAGCUUGUCUGAGCUGGACCGGAGGAUCCAGGAGUGCGCCUCGAAUAAGGAUGAGGGAGAGGAAGAAGAGGAGACACCAGGGCGGGAAGGAGAAGCCUUCCCAUAGCCCCGAGGUUCACAGCAAGUUCUGUGUCUCCAACCAUUGGAUUGGACUAGAAGCUAUGCUACUGCUGCUUCAUCAUCAGACACACAGAGUGUAUAUAUCAGAGAAAAAAGCCAGCCUAUGUGAGCUCAGCAACCCCAUUUCCAGAUUUUUAAUUUCCUUAUGCAUAGAAGCUAGCCACUUUAUAACAUUUUAUAUGUAGAGUUAGGUCGCCCCUGGGGCCUAUGCAAGCUGCCAUUGUACUUAGAAUGGGACCCUCAAGAUUCAAUGGGUAGCCUCAAGAUUACCAUAGAUCCUUUCAAGAUUGUUCUGAGUUAUUCUCCAUUCCUGUGCUUGAACUGGAGCAAGCUGGAAGUAGAGGAGUUGGGCUUCUUCUUGGCUUCUCAGUCAGAAUUCUAAGUGGUUAUUUAAGUUGUUUCAUAUAUGAGUAUUAUCUUUCACUGUUAUCUCCCCACCAUAGCAUUUGAGCUCCGCAGAACAAACCACUGAGACUCUGGGGAUCUUGGCAGGGUUUUCAGGUGCUGGGUGCUCGAACAUGAAAAACUGUGCAUCCAAGUAAUUGCAGGUUUCAUCUGUGAUCUUCUCAAGCAGCAUAUAUUUUACAUAUGUGGUACAGGCCAGAAGCUGCACUAGACUCUAAGAAAUAAGACAUGGUCACUGAUCUUCACAGAUUUUAAGAUCAUAUGUGUUCAGACCACCAAACAUAAUGCUAGGAAGUAGCAAGACCUACUGGAAAAUUUAUUCAUUUCAGAAUCAGACAGAUAUGGUUCAUAUGCUAGAUCUGGCAGUUGCUUGUUAUGACAACUUAGGCAAGUGAUUAAAUUUUCCUAAACUUCAGUUUUCUUAUAUAUAAAAUGUGGAUAAGCAUAUCUAUAUCAUAAAGUUAUUGUAGGAUGGAAUGAGAUAAUCUAUAAAAGUAUAUAGCUUAGCAUUUGGUACACAACAACAUCGGCUUAUUUUUCUUCAUAACACAACAGAACAUUCUAUGUAAGAAUUCUGACAGUUAAAAAAAAUUCUCACCAGCCUGGACAACAUGGUGAAACCCCAUC